AUGAGUCAGCAACAAGUCGACCAGAUGGAGGCGGGACACGUGUUUGUUGAACAUGUCAGGGAUGCAAUGGUUGCAAACCAUCGGAUGGCGAGGUCAAUGAAUGUAGAAAUAUAUUCACGGCGACUGGAAACGUUUCGAGUUACAGAAACCAUCAGUCGCCGACCUUGCAUACCAACUAGGUCUUAUGGAGUUGACCUCCAGAACAGACGGUGCGAGUGCAGGAGGUUCGACACACUUCAUUAUCCAUGUGCGCAUGUCAUGGCAGCGUGUGCUAAAGUCAACCUUAAUGUUGAAGAAUAUGUCGAUGAUGUGUACACGCUCGAGUGCACAUUGCGUGUCUGGGAAAAUGAGUUCCUCGUCCUGCCUGACCUAUCUACGUGGGAGGUGGCUCCGAUGACUUUCGAGCUUAUCCUAGACAGAGGGCUACGGAGGAAUCCAAGUUGUCGUCUGCAAUCAAGCAGAAUCCGUAAUGAAAUGGACAUUAGGAAGAAAUCCGACGGUAAGCGUUGUGGAUUAUGUAGGUUAAGUGGUCAUAGUCGGAAUAAAUGCCCUCAUCGGAACUUUCAUGUUGGACAGUCGUCCUGA